AGGCGAAGGGGGUUGUUCAGCUUAUGCAUGGGGGACCCCCCCAGUGAGGCUGCAAUGGGGAGAAGGCGAAGGGCAAACUCUCUCUCUUUUUGUGUGAAGGAAAUGCCCACCUACAGGGCACUGCAAUAAUCCCAUCUGAGCCUGGCAUCUCUGUGCCACUGUGGCUGCUCAGCUGGCCGAAACUGGAACUGGUCACUCCUAGUCACUGAGGCUACCUGAGCCUCAAGUGACCAUGGUGGACCCCAGAGGACCCUCAAGCAUAUCUGGCUGUGUGGGGGUUAAGUCAUGUAACAUCGUCAUCAUUAAUUACCUGCCCUUCACCCUAGAUUCCCAGGGCAGAAAACCACAUUAAAACACAAUAUCAAAAACAGCUUAAAACAACUUGCAGAAAGGAGAAUUUGGUAUCACUUCUGAUUUGGACAGACAGAACUUGGCAGAAGACCAAAGGAUUCCUUCUGAUCUCUUGGAGGCUUCUUGAGAGCCCAGAUGGAUGAGCAAGACUCAGCUGGCCCUGAAGCAGGAGGAGGCCAUGCCAUGGAAACUGAGAGCAGUGGGGGAUUAUGGGAAAACUCAGUGCAGAAGAUCCCAGGUGAGGAGGACACCCUUUGCUCAGAGGUGCAGAGCCAGCAGUUCAGGCAGUCCGGCUCUCUGGAAGCCAAAGGACCCCGAGAGGCUUGCGGCCGACUCCACCACCUUGACUGUCGGUGGCUGAAGCCAGAAAGUCAUACGAAAGUUCAGAUGCUGGACCUGGUGGUCUUGGAGCAGUUCCUGGCUGUCCUUCCACUGGAGAUGGAGAGCUGGGUGAGGGACUGUGGAGCGGAGACCACUUCCCAGGCGGUGGCCCUGGCCGAAGGAUUCCUCCUGAGUCAGGCAGAGGAGAGGAAGCAGGCAGAGCAGCAGGGAAACUAUCCAUUUGCAGAAAUGAGCGCCAAUCACUUUGAGGCGGAGAGGAUUCCAUUGAUGACUGAAGAGAGGCCACUGAGUGUCAGAACGGUGGUGGAAAGACCUCCUCAUCCAUCUUUUAAUGGUGGUGGAAGGGAAGCAGCAGCUAUGGAACCAGAUCAGGGUCCAAUCUGCUUUGAAGAUGUCACUGUCCAUUUCACAGACGAGGAGUGGGCCUUGCUGGAUCCUGACCAGAGAGCUCUGCAUAAAGAAGUCAUGGAGGAGAAUCGUGGGAUUGUGGCCUCUCUUGGUGGUGAUGAAUUGGAAAUUAAGAACUGGAAAGACCAAGACCUCAGGCUCUAAUCUGUUUCUAUUUUUGUUGCAGGUAGUGAUGAAAUUAAGAACAAGAGGGACCAUGAU